AUGCAUAAUUUAUUCGGGAGGAUCGAUGAACAACGUCGGAUAUACGGGUCGGAGAACGGGGAUGGCCCACCUCGCUACAUCAGUAGUCCGCAGCGGCAAGCCUCGCCAUUUCCCUUAGAAAGCACCAACCGAAGGUUCUACAGAAGAAACAGAAACUCCAAAGGUGAAGAGGUGUUCACCGCUGAAGUUGGUGCUGGCACGCUAUCACGCCGCAGCCGCCGUCCAGACGACUUCCCCCACAACCCUGCGCAGGCCUCCCGUCACUGCCACUUCAAUGGGCCCAGCGGUGGGCAGGCUAGCGAGCGCGAGUGCGAGUCGCCGCCGGAGCCCGCGCCGCCCGAGGUGCCACCGCGUGGCCCGUCGCUCCACGUCACGCUCCGCCACCGGACCACCCCCUGCGAUCCGCCCAACGACUCCGACCGUCUGUUCCUGUCCGAAGGUAGUCCACUGCUGGACAUAGGCCUUCCCAAGGGCACGCCACAGAGCACGAGCACG